GCACUCAAAGGCAGCAUCUGACUGAGCCAACAGGCUGUUUGUAUGUAUGGGGAUAAUGGACACUGCCGAGCAGUAAUGCGUUAAUUUCUGGAGAAACACGGCAAGAUUUUGAAGGAACAUAUCAUUAUAUAUUCUUGGGAUAAACUUUGUCCAACAUUGAUUGAUUCCCGACUCUCGAGUCUACCGGUUUGGUGACAGCUAUGGGUGGGCUGGGAAAUGGACGUCGUGGAGGAAGGUCACCCCCUCUGAUGAUCGGUGCUCUGAUCGCCUGUAUUUUGGUUCUGGGCUUUAACUACUGGGUGUCCAGCUCCCGCAACCUGGAACUACAGACCAAGCUGUAUGAGUUGGAAGGCCAGGUGCGACGAGGAGCGGCGGAGCGAGGAGUCGCAGAGCUGAAGAAGAACGAGUUCCAGGAAGAAAUUCAGAGACAGAAGAAGCAGAUCAGCAACAUAGAAAGCCUCUACAAGAGACAGCUAGAAGGAGCCCAGAACACCUGCAGCCAGGACAAGGGUAUACUGCAGCAGAAUAUUACCUCCAGUACGAAAACCCUUCAGGAACUCAAAGGUCAGCUGAAUCAGCUGAGCGAUGACCUUGGGAAGCUUCAGAAAGAGCUGCAAGGUUGCCAAGGCAACAUCAAAACUCUCAACAACAAACUCACUUAUGACAUGACCCAUUGUAACUCCCAGGUCCUGUCCCAGAAGGAGCUGUGUGACGAGAGAGUGGCAGCGGCUAAACUUGAAGUUCAGAAGAAAAUGGAGAAACUCAUCGUUCCUCAAGGUGUCACCUCUCCUGAAAAUGCAGUGGACGGAGCAGUCAUGACUGGAGCUGAUGCAGUUAAGACAUCCACUGUGGUGAGCCACACACCGAGCCUCUCUCAACCCAAAGACAAAGAUCCACCUGAACUACUAACCAACGAGAUCAUAGUGGACAGAGCUGCUGAUGCUCCACUGGACCAGACCCCAGCCAAGGGUCUUGCCGUUCCCUCGGCUACUGCAGAGAAGCAGGACAUUUUGUCACCACCAGAGGGAGCUGUUACAACAGAGGAGGGCGAGGCAGAUACCAGUAAACUUCUGAAGAAUAACCUGACUGAGGGUAAAGAGGUGGAGGUGAUGGAUGUUCAUGAAGACGGCGCUCAGACAGAGGAGGCGGACCCCGGGAUGGAAGGCAUGCUGCUCAGCCAGGCGAAGGCCGAUGACUCUCCUGGUCAAAUUGUGGACGAGCAAGAUGAAUACGACGCUGAAGAACAAGUAGCUGGUGGGGUUGAUUUGGAGAAGCAACGGCAGACUAAACGGAAUGAAAAUAUAGACAAGGAGAUGGAGGAGGAGCUGGCUGACUACAACGGGGACGAUGAAAACGAGGGCGAGUUUGAAGCAGACAAACAGGCAGCGCUUGCUCAAACCUAAGGUCUGGAGUUGCUGAAGGAGCCGACACACUCCACACACUUCAAAGCAGAACUGAUUGUACAUCUCAGCACAAUAACAGGUUAAUGCAAAACCCUCCAAACACAGUCAACACAAGAGAAACCAAGACAGACAUUUCUGCAUGAAAGACUCGCGUUCAGGGGAUUGAUUUCACUAGCAUAGCAUCUGCAUCCUGUAAUGGUUUUAUUUCUCUGUGGCAUUUUUAAGGUUUCAAGGUUUUAAGGAUUAGAGUUGAAAAUAUUUACAACUUCAUGCACAAUGCUUUUUUUAUUCCAAAAGACCAGAUAAAAAGGCAGAAAUAUGCAGAUGUAGUUUUUCACACUAUGUGAUGAGGGAUACAACUUCCUCAUUACAAAUCAACAGAUUUAUAAUAUGUGAUUAGAUAUGCUGACAUGUUCACUCUGUAGCGACUCAAAUGCAGUAUAAAUCAUGAUGCUGUGUGGACCUUUAUCGGGUUACGAUGGAUGAAAACGUUGAAUUAUCUGAUCAAGUGAGAGAACUCCUUCAUAACAGACUCUGCAGCACAUUUCCUCCUCCUCUCUGGUUUAAAAGCAUCAAAAUCAACACGUCGUUAAGUCAGUCCUGUAGUGUUUCACAUGAAAGGAUGCUUCAUUUGGGGAAAUGAUCAGAAUGCUUUGCUCCAUAAAAAUGUGUCAUUGAAUGUAAAUGAUGCUUUCCUAAUCUGCAGCGAAUGUGCUGAAACUGUAGCUCGACUGUUUAGUGCAAUUGUGUCAUUUUGAUGUGAAAGCCGGUCAAACUGGAAGGUUAACAACAGCAGCUUUGCAUGAUGAAACAUUUAAAGAAAGUUGUGCCUAAAAACCUUUCCAUCGAGCCUAGAACGAUAAUGACUGAUCAGGUUUUAUACUCCGCUGUGUUUAAGGGCGCACUCACACUGGGCAAUCUGUACCGUGCCUAAGCACUCUUCAGCCUCAAUGUCCAGUUUGUUUGAGUAGUGUGAGUGCUCAAACUCGAUACACUUCCUUGGCCAAUGCACGGUUGGAAGAGGUGAGUUUUGGCACGGUACAGUUCAUGCACGAGCACAAGUAACAACGUGGACUUGAAGUAUAAAAGUAUGAUUGAUCCCCGCUUCCUUUACCGAGAAAUCCCAUAGUGUAAUGUCUGUAUCUGACUAAAACGACUCAAAAGUCAAAGUGAGUAAAGUAGCUGUCAUGUUCUCUGUGUUCUCCAAUGUGCGGACGCAGAUCCAAUCUUGCGUCCCUUUUUAUUUUUAAAUAUUUUUUGAGUCAGUCUGUUUUGUAAACUGAGCACGCUUCAUGAUCACGUAGAGCCAUGCAUGUGUUGUUUUAUGAAGUUAGGUAGAAGAGGUAACCAUGCUCAGGCCCGGUUAGUCCUGGAGCAGUGUGGGUGCAGGCCAGAGGGGGGAAUGGGGAGGGGGGACAAUCGUGCUUCAACAUGGUACAACUGGGCCUAGUGUGAGUGCGUCCUGAGAGGUCAUAGAGUAAAACAAGGUUGAAUCUGAAAUGUACGCUAACACAGAAGAACAGUUUUCGACUUUUUUAAAUUAUUUGAAACACCUGAAUGAUAUCUGCAGAUCAUCAAUCUGUUUUUAAUUUGAAAUCAUGCCUUAUGGGGUCUGUGUGCACCACUUGUCCCUCCUGCCAGUUGUUUCCAGCUGUGUUACAUGUAACACUGAACCUGCUCAGAGUGUUUUUAGAUGCCGCCUCUGGUCUGAUGAAAUGUUUUAUAUUUUAUUGAAAAGGAGAGAGAGAGAGAGAGAGUUUGGGAGUUGCUGUCAUUGGCAUUUCUUAAAGCAGGGCUCCUGCCAAUCCAGUAACUGAGUACUGCUCCUAGAUGUGAUCAAAUGUAUGAAUUCAACUUAAAGCUGCACUAGACUGGAACAUGUGUGGUCAUGAGGUAUCAGAAGAAACAAAAGAGUAGUUCCAUGAGUUACCUUGUGAUUCACGUACAGGACGGAUUAUUUAUUCCCAUAUACAGGCUCUCUGCGGCACGUAGAAAAAAAGGAAUUUGAGAUUAAAAGGCGACAGAUCGUUGGCUCGCUCUAUUUAAAUUAUAUAGAUAUGACGUCCAUUGGUCCAUUGUUAGAAUCUCACACCAUAUAAGGAUAUUAUAAACUUCCUCUAUUUGCUUAUCUGUAACCGGGACGUGUUAAACCACAACGGAGUUAUACACAGUGUUUGUUCACCUGGCAGGUUCAUGGAAAGGUCUCCUCUUAAAUGCUUUUCAAACUUCUUUUUUUUUUCCAACAUAAAAGCUUCAGCCGCUCUUGAUGCCGAGGUUCCACAACUUUCACAAAAUGUUUCAAACCUUUCAAAAUGCACACAGGCUGAAGGGUUUCCUCCUGAUGUGAAGGAUGAGACACUAGACACCAUUUAAAGCCAUUACAUUUCAUCUAACAGAGACGUAUCAGUGAUAGAUUUUAAUAUGAAACAGUGUUUUAUUCUUUUUUUGAUUUUCUCUCAUGUUGAAGCAAAAAGACAAACAGCGAUCAGAGCGGACAUUAUCUUUACGUUUCACGGGUGCUGCCCAAAAUGAGUGAACCAUCUACAGUAAUGAGAUUGAAUUAUUUAACACUUUUAUCUAAAGGUCGGGACAGGCGGGGAAAUACACUCCAGUAAAUAUGUGUUUAUGUGUGAAGAGAAAAAUCAGGUUUUUAAGGAUGUGAAAAAUUUGACAAAUUGGCUUUUAAGGGUUUACACAUGCUGGACAAUGUGUGUUUGUUGGACCUGGUUUCUAACUUCCUGUAAGAGUUUUUAUGUUAUCAGCUCAAAUUUCAAAGUAAAGGUUCAAAUUAUGAGGAGUUUUUUUUUUUUAUUAUUUGUAUUGAAGUUUUUUAUUUAUCUGGCCAUAAAAAGGUCCACCUGGAGAACAGGAAGUCUCUUGACUGAUUUUUAAGGACAAGAGACACAAAGUAAUGUGAGCGUCACCUUUCAAACACGACGACAGCACAAGUGUAAUAUUUGAAUAUUGGACUCAUAGAAAUGUGAACGAGUCUUUCGUCCUCUCCUUUUGGUCAAUCUUACAAUGAAUAAUGUGUCUGCGCUUUUAUUGUCUGUGAUAUUUUUUUUUAUUUUGAAAAGCUGCUGUGAUCCGUUGUCUCGUCUGAUGCUGCAGAUGUUUAGAUUCUGCUCUUUGUUCUGUCAGAAAGCUUCAGCUGCCUAUUUGUGUCAAAGUCCAUUUCUCUGUCACUGCACAGAAACCUGUUUGUUUGUUUUAAUCUGAAUUUGAUUCCUUUAUUUCUGUUGAUUACAUGUCUUUUAUUUUGAAAUCUGAACUGCUGAAUUAAUUUGUGAAAGGAAUCGAUAAUCAUGGUCUUUCAUUUUGGAAGAUAAUAAAAUUGUUUUUACUACCAUGA